CACGGAAACGGGUUUCAAGGUGAAAUGGAGUGAUGUACGAGGGGAGCUUUGCUUUGCGUGGGGAAUCUGCCGAUGUCUUGGAGCCCACAGACGUUCUCCGACAUAGCUCCCGACAGCUUGUCCAUCUUCCAGACUGUUCGACCCAUACCAGAGAUUCUCAUCCUUGGCUGUGGGAGGCACAUACAACCUGUUGAUCCCGAUCUUCGGUGUUUCAUUCGGUCUACUGGCAUGAAGUUGGAAGCUCUUGACUCGGUACACAACUUUAUUUGUGUUCAUCUUCUGGGUCACUUUGCACAUUUAUCUAGCUAAUAACAGUAACAGUAACUCUGU